AUUGCAGAGCAGAGGUUUUUUUCCCCCAUUUCGCUUCAUUUUGAUUGGUGGAUUGGCACUUUAAAUAAAGGUUUCUGAUCUUCCCUGAAUGAGAAAUACACAGCAAGUCCCAGGCACAGUUCAGAAAAAAUUUAAGUCUUCUUUUCUCAGCCUUAUCUUGGUUGGCAUCUCCGGGCCGAAAGCACGGUGCCUGUCGGCAUUGCAGAUCCCACUUUUCAAAAUGAAGGACCUGAUACUGAUCAUGUGCCUCUUAGGAGUGAGUUUUGCAGUUCCGGUGUUUCCUCAGCAACCUGGGACCCCAGGCAUGGCUAGUUUGAGCCUUGAGACAAUGAGACAGUUGGGAAGUUUGCAGGGAUUAAACACACUUUCUCAGUAUUCUAGAUUUGGCUUUGGGAAAUCUCUUAAUUCUCUGUGGGUGCAUGGUCUCCUUCCACCACAUUCUGCUUUCCCAUGGAUGCGACCAAGGGAACAUGAAACUCAACAGUAUGAAUAUUCUUUGCCUGUUCAUCCCCCACCUCUACCAUCACAGCAGUCCCUGCAACCUCAACAGCCUGGGCAGAAACUUUUCCCCCAGCCCACUGUGCCAACUGCCAUCCAGAACACAGCCCAGAAGAGCCUGCUACAGCCUGCAUUUCACCAGGGACAGCUGCCCUUGCAGCAAAAUGAGUCUCCAAUGAUUCAGCAGCAGGUGGCACCAUCAGAUAAGCCACCAAAGCCUGAGUUGCCAAGAAUGGAUUUUGCUGGUCCACAAAGUCCACCAAUGUUCCAAAUUGCCCGUUUGAUAUCUCAAGGAUCAGUGCCACAAAAUAAACAAUCUCCACUUUAUCCAGGAAUGUUUUACAUGUCUUAUGGAGCAAAUCAAUUGAACGCCCCUGCCAGACUUGGCAUCAUGAGCUCAGAAGAAAUAGCGGGGGGCAGAGGAGGCCCCAUGGCCUAUGGAGCUGUGUUCCCAGGAUUUGGAGGCCUAAGGUCCAGCUUUGGGCGAAUGCCCACUAAUCAAGCCAUGGGUGGUGACUUUACUCUGGAAUUUGACUCCCCAGUCACUGCAACCAAAGGCCCUGAGAAGGGAGAAGGAGGUGCACAAGGCUCCGCCAUGCCAGAGACCAACCCAGCCAAUCCAGAAAACCCAGCUCUCCUUACAGAUGUAGCUACUGGUGCCCACGGAGGGCUUCUUGCUUUCCCUAACGGCAACAUUGCCAGCUUGGCACGGGGCCCUGCAGGGCAGAGCAGGGGACUCCCCAAGGUCACGCCAGCAGCCAAUGACCCACUGGUGACCCCUGGAUUAACUGAUGCUUAUGGGACCUAUACCGCUGACAUGACCACGCCCCUGGGUCUCCAGGAAGAAGCCACCACCGAUACCACAGCAACCCCAGACACAAUGCAAACGUCAAUGCCAGGAAACAAGGCCCAGCAGCCCCAGAUUAUGCAUGAUGCGUGGCAUUUCCAAGAGCCCUGAAAGCCUUGAGAUAGUUGCGUCCUGUAUGCACAAGCUUCUCAGCUUUGCCCCGAUAGUGUAUCUUUUUGCUAAAACACUUAUUAACCUUCUGCAGCAAAGGUAUUACCAGCACCAAGCAUAUAUUAAUAAAUAAAAGUGGCUAGCAGCAAUGUAGGCCCCUUCUUGCUUUUAUUCUCUUAUCGAAAUAAAUGUAUGGGUUGUCACUGUGAUUUAGAGAUACUAUCGGUAAUGUCAGAGCAAGUCUAAGGGUCUCCGAAUUUGAUAACCACUGUUGUUUAGCUGUCUUAGGUGUUAUAGAAUUGCUCCUACUAGCGUACCACUAUUAUAUCCAGGAAAUGUGACACUGCUUUGGAAGGUUUUCUCUAAGCAAAGACACAUGUUCUCAGAAUUAUAAGCUAUUUCAUUCAAACUUUAUUUAAUGGGGAUUGGUGGAGAACCCUUGACUGGCAUUACUGGGUUUGGUAUAUUGGAUUUAAAAGUCUUGUUUGUAGAGUAUUUUAUUUAAUCUAGUAAAAAUCAUCUAACCUAUUUUAAAUAAAGAAUUUUUCUCACUGAAAGUAUCAGGAGUUAUGCUUAUUGUUUUUAUACUUAAAUGGUUAGGAAAAGCAUACUUACCCCCAUCUUUGCUACUCUUUCACUCAUUUUAUUCAAUUCAUUCAGUCCUUCACUGAAAGUUUAUUGAGUAUCUACCAAUGUCCUAGGCACUGUUCUAGACGUCGGGGAUAUAUACCCUUUCCUCACAGAGCUUACAAUGGUGAUGAUUGACAAGUAUACAAUCACAAUAAUAACAGUAACAGUCACUCUAGGCCAGGCUCAAGUACUUUACAUACGUUAUCUCACAAAAACACU